AUGCAAAAACCAGGGUCUGUGGGUUUGUUGACUUGGCCUGCUCGCCUGAAUGGCCGGCUCCAUAGCGCGGUGCUAUACCAUCCCAUCCCAGCGCGGGCCACUCCAGGUAAGAACGACUGGUUUGUCUUCUUCACAGAAAUCGUCGAAUCAAAGGUUCAUCCUUGUUUACUCGAGUGCGCCUUCCUGCGGCAUGCAGUGACCUCAUCACACAAGCAGUCAAGAUGGCAGCAUUACCGGACUCCCUGCAGUCUGGCAGACACAAGACGCCUGCCUCUCCCCUACGACCCAGCUAUGUCAAUCGAGGAUCCCAAGUCGGACUCCUGCGCCAAAUCCAAUUCCGCAUCAACAGAAGUCUUUGCUUGUGUCGAGCUGCUGGAGGCCAUCCUUCUACAAUUGCUCAUACCCGACCUUUUGCGCGCUGAGAGAGUCUGUAAGCGCUGGCGGCGUGUCUUCCGAGCCUCACCUCGACUGCUGAGAUUCGCCUUCCUUGGCUUCGUGCCUGAAACUGGUCAUCUGUCGAGAUACGUUUACAGCAAUUUUGCUCCAUGGCAAGGUCCUAUAUCACUACCGCAUCCCAUCCAUCCGAAUCCGAGUGCAAUCGAGGGAAGUACUUCUCUGGCCACAACCGAAAAUGCCACCGGAACAAAGCUCGCGGUAUGCUUCAACCCAAUCUUCCCAUCGAUACACAGCGUGAUUCGUCUGCGACCAGACCAAUUCCGAACAUCUCUGGAAACCUGUCAGUCCUGGUUUGAUAUGUAUCUCACCCAGCCUCCGACAAACUGCGUCCAUGUGACCCUGUACUACACCUCAACUCGGAAGUCCUACCGCAAGAUCCUGUUCAACGUCUCGCGGAGAACGCACAAGACGAAUGCCACUUUCAACUUGAUCUUGAAGCGAGCCCAUGGUAUUAGAGCCAGGGAUAUCUUGACGGAACUGAGAAAUUCAACCCUGCAUAGUGGCGGCCCCGACGACUGGCAGAGGAUUGAUAUUUAUAUUCCUGGAAGGUCGCCCUAUGGCUGGUGUGCGGACCUGGACGAGCUGCGACGUGUAUUGGACCGACCGGACUUGGUAGUCUUGUCGAGAGGAUUGAUGGAGGGGCAUACCGGCGCUCUAUACUGGAAAUUUGGAUCCGAGCACUCAGGGCAAGAUUCAUUCGGAAACACCAAUACCCACACCGGAGUACCUGCAGUCGCACAAACAUAUGAUUCUGCCAUCUCCGCGCCCACAAACGGACGUGCUUUCCAAUACCUGAAGUUCAUAGAGAGCCGAAAUCUUAACGACACAUCAUUGUUUUUGCAUCAAAUUCUCAAUGGACGGCAGGGAAGACAAGCUCUUGCAUAG